UGAUUUCAUACUGAACACAUCAUACCCCACCAACCGCUCCGUAUUCGUCGCUCGCAAACCACAUUUCAUCUUCUAUCACAAUGGGUGUCCUUGAGAAGCUUUCCCGCAAGGCCGGUGUCAUCGUCGGUGAUGACGUCCUCCGUCUCUUUGAGCACGCUCAGGAGAACGGCUAUGCUCUCCCCGCGAUUAACGUGACCUCCUCCUCCACUGUCGUCUCUGUCCUCGAGGCUGCCCGCGACAAGAACUGCCCCGUCGUUCUGCAGGUCUCCCAGGGUGGUGCUGCCUACUUCGCUGGCAAGGGUGUCAGCAACGACGGCCAGAAGGCCUCCAUUGCCGGUGGUAUCGCCGCUGCCCACUACAUCCGCAGCAUUGCCCCCGCCUAUGGUGUCCCCGUUGUCCUCCACACCGACCACUGCGCCAAGAAGCUCCUUCCCUGGCUCGAUGGUCUCCUCGAUGAGGAUGAGCGCUACUUCAAGCAGCACGGCGAGCCCCUCUUCUCUUCCCACAUGAUCGAUCUGUCUGAGGAGUCCGUUGAGGAGAACAUCGAGACCACCGCCAAGUACCUCAAGCGUGCUGCUCCCAUGAAGCAGUGGCUCGAGAUGGAAAUUGGUAUCACCGGUGGUGAGGAGGACGGUGUCAACAACGAGGACGUUGACAACAACUCCCUCUACACUCAGCCCGAGGACAUCCUUGCCAUCCACAACGCUCUCGCCCCCAUCAGCCCCUACUUCUCCAUUGCCGCUGGUUUCGGCAAUGUUCACGGUGUCUACAAGCCCGGCAACGUUCGUCUCCACCCCGAGCUUCUCGAGAAGCACCAGGCCUACGUUAAGGAGAAGACUGGCUCCAAGAAGGACAAGCCCGUUUUCUUCGUCUUCCACGGUGGCUCUGGUUCCUCCAAGGAGGAGUACAAGCAGGCCAUCAGCUACGGUGUGGUCAAGGUUAACCUCGACACCGACAUGCAGUACGCCUACCUCACCGGUAUCCGUGACUACGUCCUGAACAAGAAGGACUACCUCAUGAGCACCGUCGGUAACCCCGAUGGCGAGGACAAGCCCAACAAGAAGUUCUUCGACCCCCGCGUCUGGGUCCGCGAGGGUGAGAAGACCAUGAGCAAGCGUGUCCAGGUCGCUCUUGAGGACUUCAACACUGCUGGCCAGCUGUAAACCAAAAGAAGCUCAUUAAUGUCUCUGAUGUGAUGUGUUUUCGGAUUUGACGAAACCAGAUACCAAGUACAUAAACUUAAAACAAUUUCUUUAUUGAUUCUCAAAAUGGAAGGUGAUGAGGUGUUGAAGUGAGCGUAAUGUGGACUAAGGCGUGGGAU